AAAAUACGAAUGAUAAUCAUAUCCGGCUUUAUUCAAUCACAACAAUGGUGUCGAAACGUUGUCUGAUGUUCUGAAACGUGAUGUAACGUUAUGUGUAUAACGUCGGAGUUUAUUGAUACCGGCGUUAGAACAUUAACAGUAUCUAUAUUUGAUCGUCAUGAACACUGUUUGUAUCUGAUAGUCUGACAGCUGUUUAAAUUUCAGUGUGAUGUGCACUGGAUUGUUUUUUACGAGCGUUGAAAACGCAGUACCUUCUGGUCAUGUAAGGUUUCCUAUGUAAUCAACGAUGAAACUACUGCGUGGUUUCAACGCAUCGGAACGUGCAAGUGUUACAGCUUAACUGUAGUACAUUUCGAAUGUUUUUCUCUAUUAUCUUUAAGUACAAAACUAUAGAACAGUUCGCGGUAUAAUGGCAGCUCAUAAGACAGGCGGGCAAAGUGCUCGAAAGAAAGUACAGGUAUCCAUGGUUAUAAGAGAUGAAGUGGAAAAAAGACAUAGAGCUGGAGUUAAUUCAUUACAAUAUGAUCCAGCUUUGCAUAGGCUUUACUCUGCAGGUAGAGAUAGCAUUAUAAGGAUAUGGAAUUGCAAAAAUAUGAAAGACCCAUACAUUCAAUCAAUGGAACAUCAUACAGAUUGGGUUAAUGAUAUAGUAUUAUGUUGUGGUGGCAAAAAUUUAAUAUCAGCCAGUUCUGACACUACAGUAAAAGUAUGGAAUGCACAUAAAGGUUUUUGUAUGUCUACAUUAAGAACACAUAAAGAUUAUGUGAAAGCUCUAGCAUAUGCUAAAGAUAAAGAGCAAGUUGCUAGUGGUGGUUUAGAUAAAUUAAUCUUCUUAUGGGAUGUAAAUACAUUAACUGCUCUCACAGCAAGCAACAAUACAGUAACAACAUCGUCUCUUAGUGGAAAUAAAGAUUCUAUAUAUAGUCUUGCCAUGAAUCAAAUUGGAACAAUUAUAGUAAGUGGUAGCACAGAAAAAGUUUUAAGAGUAUGGGAUCCAAGACACUGUACUAAAUUAAUGAAACUUCGUGGUCAUAUGGAUAAUAUCAAAGCAUUAGUAUUAAAUAGAGAUGGUACUCAGUGUUUAUCUGCCAGUUCUGAUGGAACAAUUAAACUUUGGUCAUUAGGGCAACAAAGAUGUAUCCAAACUUAUAGAGUACAUAAAGAGGGUGUUUGGGCAUUAUUGGCAACAGAUACUUUCAGUCAUGUAAUAUCAGGAGGUCGAGACAAAAGAGUUGUAAUGACUGAAUUAUCAUGUUAUCCUGAAAGGUAUACAGUUAUUUGUGAAGAAAAAGCACCUGUGUUAAAAAUGGUUAUGACACCUGAUCAAUCCAGCAUUUGGGUAGCAACUAGUGAAUCUACUAUAAAUAAUUGGUCUAUAAGUCAAAAGGAUUGGCAAGAAUUAGGAAUAGAAGAUUAUUGUGAUUCUGCUAGUGGAAUAACACCUAAAAAUACAGAACCUGCACAAAAAAUAUUAGGUGCUCCAGCGAUACGGCACUGUCACGUUUUAAACGAUCGAAGACAUGUUCUAACAAAAGAUACAGAAGAAAAUGUAGCUUUAUAUGAUGUAUUAAAGGCGCGUAAAGUUGAAGAUUUAGGAAAGAUAGAUUUUGAACAAGAAAUAAAAAAGAAUAAAAUGGUGUAUGUUCCAAAUUGGUUUAGUAUAGAUCUUAAAACUGGGAUGUUGACCAUUCAUUUAGGUCAAGAUGAAAAUGAUUGUUUUUCUGCAUGGGUUUCUGCAAAAGAAACUGGACUUGCAGAAAAUGAUGCAGUAGAUCAAAAAGUGAAUUAUGGAAAUCUUUUACUACAAGCUUUACUCGAACAUUGGUGGAGACCGUUACAUGUUGACGAUGAAAAUGAGGGCAAUAGUAAUGAUGGUAAUGGUUCUAUGCACACUAGAGGAGGAAAUCUAUAUUUCUCUGUACCAACCCACACACCUGUUAUAUUUAGUGAAGUAGGAGGAAGACCUUUAUAUAGAUUAUUAGUUAGAGAUGCUGCGGGAGAAAUGGAAGGAGUAUUAUUAAAUGAAACUGUACCAGCAUGGGUAGUUAAUAUUGUUGUGGAUAAAAAUCUUCCACAAUUCAUUAAAAUAUCAUUUUAUAUUCUUCCUCAUGCCACAUCUGGCGUAAAAAGUUUAAAAAAAGAUCGCUUAAUCGCAAACGAUUUUAUACAAAUUCGUAAAGUAGCAGAACAUGUUUGUGAUAAAGUGCUUGGUGCUGGAAGUGAUUCAGGAUCAGUAGCAGGUGCUGGAAAUACAGUUUCUGGAGGAUCUCCAGCAGGAGAUAGAACAAAUACAGAUUCAAAUGCUGAUAAUUCUUCGCUGGCCGAAGAAAAAGUAGAAUUGCUAUGUAAUGAUCAAGUUUUAGAUCCUUCUAUGGAUUUAAGAACUGUCAGACAUUUUAUUUGGAAAAGUUCAGCAGAUUUAAUACUUCAUUUUCGGCCAGUAAAAUAGUUAGGGCUAAGUAUAUCGGAACAGAGAUCACGAAAAUGUGCCUGGUUUUAUACCGUCAUAAAAAUUACGGAAAAUAUGUGGUCUAGUUGCAGAGUGUGCAACUUCACACUACCUUCUUUUCAUGAAAUAUUCAAUCGAAUUUCGGUGAAUGUUUCAUUAGAUGCUGCGAUUGAAGACGAAUAAAAGCCAGGUUACAUGUAGACUAUUUAAAAUUAAAUGAGUUUAAAGGCAAUAAUGUGUGGAAACAUUAGUAUAAAUUGCUCAUAUUUGUAUAUUUAUAUCCUGUGGCCAAAUACAAAAAUAAUUUCAAUUAUUUUAUUUUUAAAAACAUGUUUUUUGUACUUUAAUGCGAAGUAUUUACUGUCAGCCAUUUAUAGUCUUCCCAGUUUAAAAAUAUUAAAAAAAAAAAUUUAAGCACAAAAAAGUAUAAAUUGUAUGGCCCAGGAAAUUAUUAUUGAGUGUAACUUCUAAAUGCCAUGUUUUCUCAUAUGCUUUUUGAAUUUUUUUUUAUUAAUUCCAUGUAGCUAUAUAUUUUUAUGAUUUGUAAAUACUAUCCAUCCUUAUUUUUUUGAUAAAAUUAGAAACAAAUGUAUUUGAAAGAAUGAAAUCAAAGAGAUAUAUAUGUAUAAACAAUACUCCACACACCUGCCUUUUUAUUUAAAAAAAACAAACUAUGACAGGAAGAGAAAAAUGUCAAUUUAUCAUUAAUCAAAUUAAAAUUGAACAGCCAAAUUAAUAAUUUAAUAUUUCCUAUAAUAAUAUGGGAAGUAACAUAGUAUGUCUUCGAUAUAAUAAGAUUAAAUUCUGCCUUUAAUAAUACUUUUCAAUUAAUUAAACUUUUCAUUAAUGGAUAUAUAAUGAUAUUUCAUAUGAAAAAAAAAAGCAUAAAUACAUUACAAUUAUUGGUAAAACAAGUAUAAAUACAUUGGCAGAAUUUGAUUUUAGAAGACAAUUCUAUAAUAGAUAAAAACACAAAGUGUGUAAUUAAUCAUAUGUUAAAACAUCCAUUUUAUUAGAAUCCUAUCAAUUGUACAUAUAAAUGCGAUUGUAAGUAAGAUUCUUUAAUUACGGUGAUGGGCUGUACUCAUAAAAUUCAAUAUAUCAAAAAUCAAAGCCUUUGCACCAAUUUUACGAAAUUGGGAUAAACGCUUAACUUUUCUAUAAAAA